AUGGAUAGGGUAAGAGCACAAAUCGUCGCCGCCCAGAGUAACGGGCCCGCCACGCUAGAGCUGGCCCCGCCUCACGUCCAUUUAUUCUACCAUUUUAAAGACGGGGCGGGCGACACUAUUAAUAAACCUGAAGAGGCAAAGGAGAAAGUGGGUCUCCUGACGAUAAGCGAUCACCGCCGCCCAUGGGCAUGUAUAAAGUUCCCCGCUAAAUGCUGGACCUCGACCGGGAUAGAACGCGGGCCCGAGAGGCGAGCGCAACCCCGGCCGGGCGCUCCAUUAAAAUAUAUUGUUCUCAGCGCGGCCGCGCGGCGUCGUGCGUCAGAGGCAUCAUCCAGCUUCCGCCGCCGGCCGCGCCGGAAGGCG